AUGCACGUCUUGACGGCCAUCAAGGCGCUCCCGGUGCUAGCUGCGGCGUAUGUCUCGGCAGCCGCUAGCUUACCCCCCAUUCCCGCCGACCUGACCACGCCCGUUCAGCAACGCAUUGCCAUCAAAGGUCUCAAUGAGACCAAGCUGACACCGCUCUUGCAUCAUGAAGCCAUCUCCAUCGGCUGGAACACCUACAAGCAGUUGGAACAGCCCUGCGUCAAGUAUGGCCUCUCCAGGGACGCUCUCACUCUGCAGUCCUGCUCGGACCAGUCCACUACUUACGCCAGCUCACGCACCUGGUCCAACGUGGUCGUUCUCGGCGGCCUCCGGCCUGCCACCACCUACUACUACCAGAUCGUCUCGACAAACUCGACGGUAGAGCACUUCAUGAGCCCGCGCGUACCGGGCGACACCACCCCCUUCUCCAUGGACGUCGUCAUUGACCUGGGCGUCUACGGUGCCGACGGCUUCACCCUCAAGGGCGAUCACGCCAAGCGCGACGACAUUCCGCUCAUCGACCCUGCCCUCAAUCACACCACCAUCGACCGGCUUGCGCGCACAGUCAACGACUACGAGUUUGUCAUCCACCCUGGCGACUUUGCGUACGCCGACGAUUGGUUCCUCUCCCCCAAGAACCUGCUGCACGGCGAGGCCGCCUUCCAGGCCAUCCUCGAGCAGUUCUACGCCCAGUUGGCGCCCAUCGCUGCCCGCAAGCCUUACAUGGCCAGCCCCGGGAACCACGAGGCAGCCUGUGAGGAGAUCCCCUUCACGGCAGGCCUGUGCCCAGAGGGCCAGAAGAACUUUACCGACUUCAUGCAUCGAUUCAGCAGCACCAUGCCCACGGCAUUUGCGUCGAACUCGACCAACUGCACUGCCGCCAGCCAGGCCAAGAAGGCGCAGGCGCUCGCGAACCCGCCGUUCUGGUACUCGUUUGACUACGGCAUGGCGCACGUCGUCAUGUUCAACACCGAGACCGACUUCCCCGACGCGCCCGACCAGCCCGGCGGCUCAGCACACCUCGACGGCGGUCCCUUUGGCGCCAACGGCCAGCAGCUGGCGUUCCUCGAGGCCGACCUGGCCUCGGUCGAUCGCACGGUGACGCCCUGGGUCGUCGUCGCGGGCCACAGGCCGUGGUAUACGACCGGCGGCGGAGGUUGCAAGCCCUGCCAGGCCGCCUUUGAGCCGCUCUUUUACAAGUACGGUGUCGACCUGGGCAUCUUUGGCCACGUGCACAACUCCCAACGAUUCCAGCCCGCCUACAACGGCAAGGCCGAUGCGGCGGGCAUGAGUGACCCCAAGGCGCCCAUGUACAUUGUGGCUGGCGGCGCGGGCAACAUCGAGGGCCUGAGCAGCGUCGGCAGCAACGUGUCGUUCAACGCGUUUGCGUAUGCCGAGGAUUUUAGCUUUGCAAAGAUUACAUUCACCGAUAGGACACACCUGCAAGUCGACUUUAUCCGGUCGUCGACCGGUGAUGUGUUGGACACUUCAGUGCUGUACAAGUCUCAUGCUGAUAGGUUCGUUCGGCAGUGA